AUGGCAAGGACUCAUGGAAAGGCCUCCUGGACCCUCUCGACAUCGACCUCCGCUCGUCCGUCAUCUCCUACGGCGAGCUCGCGCAGGCCACCUGGCACCUACGACGGGUUCAACACGGAGGCGCGGUCGCCGCACGCGGGGGCGUGCGUGUACGGCCUCGCGGACCUGCUGGCCGCCAGCGCCGGCGGCAGCAACUGGUACAGGGUGACCAAGUUCGUGUACGCCACGUCGGGGCUGCAGGUGCCCGACGCGUUCCUGCUCCUGCCGCAGCCGGGGCUGCAGGGGCAGGAGCCGUGGUGCAGGGAGUCCAACUGGAUGGGGUACGUGGCGGUGGCCACGGACGAGGGCGCGGCCGCGCUGGGGCGGCGCGACGUCGUGGUGGCGUGGCGCGGGACGGUGCGGAGCCUGGAGUGGGUCAACGACCUCGACUUCACGCCGGUGCCCGCCGCGCCCGUGCUGGGCGCCGCGGCGGACGCGCACCCGCGCGCCAUGGUGCACAGGGGGUUCCUGUCGCUCUACACGUCCAGCAACGCCAGCUCCAAGUACAACAAGCUCAGCACCAGAGACCAGGCAUGUGGAUUGGUUCUUGAGGAGAUCAGGAGGCUGAUGGAGCUGUACAAGCACGAGGAGACGAGCAUCACCGUCACCGGGCACAGCCUCGGCGCGUCGCUCGCCACCCUCAACGCCGUGGACAUCGUCUCCAACGGCCUCAACACGCCCGCCGCCGGUGGCGGCGGCUCCUCCUCCUCCCCGGUGACGGCCAUCGUGUUAGCGAGCCCGCACGUGGGGGGUCCCUUCUUCAAGGCCGCCUUCGCCUCGUUCGGGGACCUGAGGGCGCUGCACGUGAAGAACCAGGGCGACGUGGUGCCGCUGUACCCGCCGCUGGGGUACGUGGACGUGGCCGUGCCGCUGCCCAUCCACACGGCGCGCUCCCCGUGGCUGCGCCAGCCGGGCACGCCGCAGACGCUCCACAACCUCGAGUGCUACCUGCACGGCGUGGCCGGGGAGCAGGGCAGCGGCGGCGGCGCCGACGCCGACGGAGGAGGGUUCAAGCUGGAGGUGGACCGCGACGUGGCGCUCGUCAACAAGGCCGCCGACGCGCUCAGGGACGAGUACCCCGUGCCGGCCAAGUGGCGGGUGGCACUCAACAAGGGCAUGGUCAGGGGCGCAGAUGGGCGUUGGGUCCUCAAGGACUUCGAGACUUUCUGA